GAGGAGUGGUUCGACUUGAAAUAAAAAUGGGGGAAAGAAAAGUAUUAAAUAAAUACUAUCCUCCUGAUUUAGAGAAUUUCAAACUACCCAAGCUAAACCCAAACCGCUGUAAACAGUAUGUCGUUCGAUUAAUGAUACCAUUUACCAUGAGAUGCAAGACGUGUGGUAAUCACAUAUAUCACGGAAAGAAAUUCAACGCGAGGAAGGAGACAGUCGAGGGUGAGAAGUACCUUGGUAUGCCAAUCUUUCGAUUCUACAUACGCUGUCCUGUGUGCCUCUCAGAGAUAUCAUUCAAA